AUGACUGAUACACGAACACUUUCAUCAUCAUCAUCUUCAACAACAAAUCAUGUCAAUGGUACAAAUACAGUAUCAUCAUUACCUCCUGAUCUAAAUAAUGUUAAUGGUUUAACAGAUUAUGUUAAUACCAUUUUUCGUCAAAUGGAAGAAAAAUUUCUUGCUGCAAGUGAUCAAGUUAUGAAUCGUAUGAAUGAAUUAGGUAGAAAAAUUGAUACACUUGAAUCAAAUCUUGGUGAUAUUAUUUCACAUUUACCAUCGGAAGAAUCAGCAACAACAACAACAACAACAACGGGAUCAUCACAAGCAAUAAUAGGAACAACAACACAACAAUAA